AUGGCCAACCAGUCGACCGACCUGCCUAGAACGGAAGUAAAACCAACAGCAACAGCGAAAUCAACGAUGAAAAUAUCGCGAAGUACGCGUGCAACCACUGCAUCUAGUAGUACCGAUCCCAAAAUCAUUUACCUAGAUCGCGUUUGUCGCACAUGUUUGGGCGAAAGGGAAAAGGAUCAGUUGAAGGACCUGUUUGAGUUGAGCCUGGCAGAAACGAUAAUGAGUUGCACAAGCCUUACGGUAACUGAAUCCGAUGGGCUACCCUGUCAUAUUUGCUCCGACUGUUGUGUGGAGCUGGAGCGAAGUUUCAACUUUCGGCAGAUGUCCAAAGCAUCUGAUGCGACGAUACGAUCGUUGAUUGAAAAGUCGGUCGUUAUUAAACAGGACAGUGAAACCAAGUAUGAAGUACUGAAUGUGGUUCUUACCGACUCCGACGGCAACACGGAAACCUCCGCCGUCGUCGUACCCAUAGAGGAGCUUCGCUUUCAGCUACUGAACGCAAACAAUACGAUAGUGGAAGUGACGGCUGAGGAGAAUGUCACAAUUCCAAACCGGAAAGCAAUCCAAAUGCACCAUACGCAACUGUUCGAUACCGGCCCCGAUGGCAAGGAGACAGGACUGGUAGAAGAACUCGCACUGAAAGUGAAUCCUAAUGAUCUCCUAAACGAACCAACACUUACGACGUCAUCGAGCAAAGAAGCUUCGGAACCACCACGAACGCAAGCCCUCAGGGAAUCUACCAUUCUUCGAAACUUGAAGCAGGAAUUGUCGGAAUUUAUAGGCAGCAACUGUACCGCCAUUUCGAAGGAAGUAGAAAUUGUUGAUGAGAAUGAGGACGACGAGCUGAUCCAUGUGGACUACCUAAAGGACGCGCUUACUGAGGAGUACAUUCAGAUCAUGGAAACGCAACUAGCGUCUACCGUUGCUGGCGACAAAGAGGAACAGCUGGAGCAGGAACAUUUAAACAAUUUGAUUCAUGCAUCAAUGGAAGCAGAAGAACCGCGCGACCGGCAUAAAGCAAACGAUAGCCUCGAAAGAGAUACAACACACUGCAAGAUAUGUGAUGUACAAUUUAGCAAACGUAGACUGUACCGAAAGCACGUCAAUCGAAAACAUUCCGAAAAACGCUUCGAAUGCAACCACUGCCCAAGGAAGUUUGCCGAAAAGUCCGUCCUUAACAAUCAUAUGUUGCGUCACACUGGGGAAAAAACACACGUGUGCGAUGUUUGUGAGGCACGGUUCUACGAAAAGACUUUACUGAACGUGCACAUGCGACGGCACUCUGGCUUACGGCCGUAUGCUUGCGAACUGUGCGACAAGCGGUUCACAACGCGCAGCAUUCUCAACACACACCAAAAAGUGCACAAUGAUCCGCGGCCCCACAUAUGCAACGUAUGCCAGAAGGGUUUCAAACUGUCCUGGCAGCUAAAGGCUCACAGUCGAGUGCAUACGAACGAAAAACCCUUCGAAUGUCCCUACUGUCACAAACGGUUUAACCAAAACGGUAACUUGGCAGUGCACAUUCGUACCCAUUCGGGAGAAAAACCGUUCAAAUGCAAAAUCUGCGAUAAGGCGUAUCCUAGCCAGGGAGAACUAAGGGGCCACAUGCGACAGCACACGGGGGAGGAAACGGCAAAGAAAGUGAUGUGCACCGUCUGCAGCAAAGCAUUUUCGGCCAACCACGUGCUAGCGAUCCAUAUGCGCACACACACCAAGGAAAAGCCGUACGGUUGUACACUUUGUGAGAAGCGGUUCAUGAUGCGCGUGCAUCUAACGGUCCACAUGCGUUCGCACACGGGUGAAAAACCGUUCGCAUGUAAAUUGUGCGAAAAGGCAUUUCCUACCAAUUAUCAGUUGAAAAUGCAUAGCUACGUGCAUACAGGCGAGAAAAACUACUCCUGCGAUGUUUGUAACCGCAAAUUCAGUAGCUCCGCCAACCGUAACACUCACCGUAAAACACACGAUCGGAAGACACAUUAA